UGUAUCAUGGGCGUCUCUAAGGUAAUGUAUUUUGCCUUAUUGCGGUGCAAUGAAAAACCGAUCUUCCUAUUACAGUACUUCAAGCUGUCUGAUCUCCAAAUACUGUCAAGAGGCACCGUUAAAAGCGUUGCAGUGUUUACCGCUAGGGAAAUUGCAGGACGUCUAAACCAAGGUGAAAAUGUAGCUGUGCAUGAGGAAAACUUUGAUGUAUUCGCCUAUCGCUGGGACGUUGGAGUUUGUGCAAUAUGUAUUUGCGGUAAGGGCUAUCCAGAAAGAGUUGCCUUUUCACUAUUACAAUUGGCCUUUUUUGAAUUCAUUACUAAAUACCCUGACGCUGGAAUAGAGCACACGUCUGAUGUCAACUUAAAUAUACCUCAAAUUAAAGCUCUAGUCAAUCAAUAUCGCGAUCCAACAGUAGUAGAUGCAUAUACAAAUGUAUCGGACAAAUUGCAACACACUUUAGAAGUUGUCCACAAGACUAUUGCGGAUAUGUUACAUAAUGAGGAGAAUCUCGAAGCAUUAGUCAACCAAAGUAAAGACCUAUCAAGAAAGAGUAAGAACGUGUUUGUUAAGAGUCGCAAACUCAAAAGACGUUCUUGCUGCGCUUUCAUGUAAA